UCCCACACGGACGGGUUUUGUGUGAACACCCUGUCAGAUAACAGGCCGGACGCUUGACGAAACUUAACUUUUUUUGUUCUUUGUAUACAAAUGUAUUAUUCGUGAUUUAGAUAUGACGGAAAUGUUUUCAACUCUGUUCGGGCAAAACGAAGCUCAGGGACCAGCCGGCUCGUCGUCUCUUGGUUUCGGACCCGGGAAGCCUCCGCCGCCUCUGCCGCAGAACCAGGUCUCCAUGACGGGGCAGAUGCCACCACAGCCCGGGGACGAAGGGCCUCCGCUGCGGAAGCCCGGAGCCAUGAAUGAACCUUUCUACCUGCUGCGGGAGCUUCCUGUGGGAAACGAGCUAACAGGCAACACCAACCUCAUCACGCACUACAACCUGGAGCACUCCUACAACAAAUUCUGUGGGAAGAAGGUGAAGGAGAAGCUCAGCAACUUCCUGCCAGAGUUACCAGGUAUGAUCGACUGUCCGGGCACUCAGGAUGGCAGCUCGUUGCGCUCUCUGAUUGAUAAGCCUCCAGUGUGUGGGAACUCCUUCAGCCCAUUGACAGGCGCUCUGCUCACAGGCUUCAGACUACACACAGGACCACUACCAGAACAGUACAGAUUGAUGCACAUACAGCCCCCAAAGAAGAAGAGCAAACACAAGCACAAACACCAUCGACUACAGGACCCGUUACCACAAGAAACUCCAUCAGACACGGAUCCCAAGAAGAAGAAGAAGAAAAGGGAUGACGAUCCUGACCGCAAGAAAAAGAAGAAAGACAAGAAGAAGAAGAAGAACCGCCACAGUCCCGACCACCCCGGCCUCGCUGGAUCACAACCCAACAGCAACAGCCUCAGAUAGACAGGAGCCCACUGUGUGCAUGCUGGUGUUUGAACGUGUGUGUGACUGUGCAUUUUGUAAGAGGAUGCGUGUGUGUGUGUUUUACAGAAAAUUGUAUUAUUGGGAGUAUGUUUUAAUGAGAGAGGAGAUGAAUCAAGUGUGUGUGUGUGUGUGUGUGUGUGUGU